AUGGGCAAUAUGCAGAAGCGAGUGAUUGGUUGGUGGCCAAUCAACCCAAGAAUGUGGGAAUUGAGGAUUAAGGGCCGAUUCUUCAACAUCAGCAUCGUACACAGCCCUCACCUUGCAAGUCCCGGUGAUGACAAAGACGAAAUCUACGCGCAGCUGGAACGCGAAUACGAACGCUGUCCAAAACAUGACAUCAAGAUCAUCAUCGGAGACUUCAAUGCUCAGAUCGGUAAAGAGAAGGAGUUCAUCGAUUUCGCCACCUCUAAGAAGAUGGCCGUACGCAGUACCUUCUUCCAACACAAAUUCCUCCACCAAUACACCUGGAGGUCACCCAACCAAACAAAAUCUCAGAUCGACCAUGUUCUGAUAGACGGUCGGAAUUCCUCGGAAAUAACUGACGUCAGAACCUAUCGAGGCGCUAACAUCGAUUCGGACAACUACCUAACGAUGGUUAAGAUGCGCCCAAAACUCUCCGUUGUGAACAACAUCCGGUACCGAUGCCCGCGAUGGUACAAUCUUACGCGACUGAAACAAGCAGACGUCGCCGAAAACUACGCACAUUCGCAUGAAGCUGCGCUGCCGGAUGAGGACCAAAUUAACGAAGCUCCUCUUGAGGACUGUUGGGGCAUGAUUAAAACAGCCAUUAACAGCGUAGCGGGGAGCAUUCUAGGACAAGUGGAACGAAGACGACGGUACGAGUGGUUCGAUAAUGAGUGUCUGCAAGUGUUACACAAGAAGAACGCUGCGCGGGAACUAAUGCUGCGUCAAGUUACCCGUCAGAACGUGGAACGAUAUAGACAGAAGCGGAGACAGCAAACCCAACUCUUCUGGGAAAAGAAGCGCCGCCAGGAAGAGGAGGAGUGUGGAGAACUCGAACAGCUGCACCGUUCUCACGAGACGCGAAAGUUCUACCAGAAACUCAAUGCAUCCCGAAAAGGCUUCGUGCCGCGAGCAGAAAGGUGUCGGAAUAAGAAUGGGAGUAUACUGAUGAACCAACGUGAGGUGACCGAAAGGUGGAGGCAGCACUUCGAUGAACACCUGAAUGGCGUACAGGCAGAAAACCAAGAUGACGAUGGAAGCGAUUACGUUGGUGCAGUAAAUAAUGAAGAUGUACCACCCCCAACGAUAGGUGAAGUUGGGAAUACUAUUAAACAGCUGGAAAACAACAAAUCAACUGGCAAAGUUGGCAUCGAAGUUAGUUAUCUGCAUCGGCUGAUUGUCAUAAUUUGGGAAACAGAACAACUACCGCAGGAGUGGAAAGAUGGGGUUAUUUGCCAUAUCUUCAAGAAAGGGGACAAACUAGACUGUGAAAACUUUCGGGCCAUCACCGUCCUAAAUGUCGCCUACAAAGAGCUUUCCCAAAUCAUCUUCCGUCGUCUAUCGCCACUGACAAACAGAUUCGUGGGAGGUUAUCAGGCCGGCUUCAUCGAAGGUCGGUCUACUACUGACCAAAUAAUCUUCACCUUGCGGCCGAUCCUCCAGAAAUGCCGUGAGUACAGAGUUCCCACGCACCAUCUAUUCAUCGACUUUAAAGCCGCAUACGACUCAAUAUCACGAAAAGAGCUAUGA